AACAACCGAACGGGCAACCGAUCUGCCGAUCACGAGGUAAAAAACCCCAAAGCUAUCUCUUUUUUACUAUUUUUUACGUUUAUUUUAAAAGAUCUUUACUUUUUCAUAUUGUUGAGCUAUUUCUUUCGCUAAUCUGAGGCGGAUUUUUAGAGCAUUUUUUCGCAUCGCCUUCCAAGAGACUGCAAAGAAUCUUUGAAAUGGCGUCCAUCGGAUACAACAGUCCUUCAAGGACAAGAAACGCCAAGUUGCGUAGUGCCAAAAAGUUCCUGUCUUUGCAAGUGUCUCAGACAGGACAGGCCUUGUCAAAGGAAAUGAAUGGCAUACUGCAAGCCCAAAUAAUGGCUAGGAAGCGCAAGAAGGUUAUUAAUGAGAUAUUCACCACAGAAAAGACUUACCAGCAACAGCUACACACCCUGACAACUAUCUUCCUUGGAGAACUCAGAAAUGCAAAUAUUGUACCACAAAGUGUCCUGAACACAAUCUUUUCCAACAUCGAAGGCAUUGAAGCAAUUAACAAAGAAUUGCUGAACCACAUGGAAACACUGGGUGUUGGCGAUGCUUUCCUGGCCAUGGCACCUUUCAUCAAGCUUUACAGCACAUAUGCAAAUAACUUUGAGCGUGCGAGUAACAUGUUGCAGGAAUGGGAGAAAAAAUCCCAAGAUUUUGUGUCAUUCAUAACAAGGCAAGAAGCAAUGCAGGAAUGCAAGGGACUGAACCUAAGAGCGUUGCUUAUAACACCAGUACAACGAGUACCAAGGUAUAAGCUGCUACUUGAGAGUUUGUUGAACAAAACACCAAGAGACUACCCAGAUUUCAGCAAGCUUGAAGAGGCUACAGAAGAGAUUGCAAAAGUUGCUGAACACAUAAAUGAAAAUAUUCGCCAACAUGAAAACUUUCAAAAGAUGCUUAUGAUACAGAAGAGCCUGACAGGAGAAGGCGCUCCAAAAAUUCUAGCACCAGGAAGAUUUUUCAUCAAAGAAGGACCAUUACUCAAGGCUUGCAAGCGUGGCUCACAAGAGAGAAUGUUCUUUCUCUUCUCUGAUAUCCUCAUCUAUUCAAAAAAGAGUGGAACAGACAGAGAUCAAAGUACGUACUCUUGUCGGCGUGUCUUCCCGUUAAAUGAAUGUGAAGUGGAGCAAAUGUUUGGUAGUUCACUGGAUACUGAUGGAGCAGCAGACGUUGGGUCUCUCUUCAAGAUAUCGUGUCAAGACAAGACGCUUUUGGUGUACUCCAAGUCAAAACUAGAAGCUUCCUCUUGGUUCAAUGCCAUCAAGGACGCCAUUGGGAAAUUAAAGAUUUGUCGUGCGUCUUUGAGAAGGGUGAGUCGUGGUGACGGAAGUUUUGAGAAAACAGGAACACCACUGCGGCGCRCUGUCCUGCUGAAGAAUAAGAUUCUGAGAACACCCAAAGAAAUGAAAAACAAGAAAUCAGAUUUCGAUUGUUUGAGCCCGGCAUCGUUCAUCAAAGACAGUCUCUACCCGCUGAGAAAAGAAAUGAGAACCAAAGCCAUCCAAAAUGAAGUCAAAAAAACCAACACUCCAAAACGAUACACCAACAAGCUACCAGAGCCAAACGCCAGGAAACAACAAUGGACUUUGACCGAAAGCCAGGGGAUAGACAUGAACCACAAUGCAUCGGUAACUUCCUCUGCUGAAGACGAUGUCACAGACGAUGGCUCUUAUGGCACAGAAGAAUCUGCUUGUUACAAUGAAUUUGAUGAAUGUAGUAAUCUUAUUGGAACUGAUGAUGAUUACGAUGAUGAGGAAGAGGAGGGUGAAAGAAGCUACGAACCAGCCACUCCAAGUGGUCUGAUAGAUUCUAACAGCCAAACAAUGAUUGACAACUCUGGAACACCCGCUGGCUCAAUGUACGAAUAUUCAGAUAGUGAUGAGAGCUCGGAUGAUGAGGAGACUGAGGACGAAUAUACCGGAGUGUUGACACGUGGUCGUAAGAGGAAGAUCAAAAUCGACGAGAAAGAAAACCAGUUAUACUCCUUCAUUUCACCGAAUCAACCAGCUCUGAAAAAGAGGUGCAUUUUGCCGAGACUGUUAUGUGGUGGUGAAAACCGUACGCCAAGGCGCAGCUUGAAGAAGAAGUAAGAGAAUCUGCCUAGCCUCAAUACACCAAAGAUCAAUAAAUGACAACUGAUUGAAAUUUUAUUAGGCAUUCCAAAGUUGAAGGAAAACUGGCAUUACAGUGCAUUGUGGGACUGUUUAAGGGGACAUAUUUCUCAGUUGGCGUCUAUUUGAUCCCGUAGAACAGUCUCACAAUGCACGUUAAUACUAACCCGACCCAGUUUUUCCCCAACUUAGGAUGAAUGGACUGUAUAAUCUUAGUGCCUAAGGUUACUGGUGCUGCGUUGGACCCGCACUUACUGCCCUGGGGACUAAGAAGACUAAUUAUUAAUCGGUUUUAAUAUGUAGCAUUAGCAAGCACAUCUGAGAUGAGUUCGUGUGACUGUUGGAACGACGGCACGACUUAAGUACCGUGACUGUUACCACGUCCUUGCAUCUUGAUUGGACGAGCUAGCGUCGAUUGGUUCGUUAAUACCUUGUUGGAGCUUAAUUUAUCCUGCAGUUUUCAACAGUCGCACAAACUCUGCUCUAAACCUGGUUGAAUAUUUGCAACACAAGAACAUCUUGAUAUUCAGAUUCAAUGUCUUACACACAAGGCGUGCCAAUGGCGCAUGCAUAUGCUGCUUGUACAAAGAGCUGUGUUGCAAGUGUAGACCACAAUUUCACAUAUCUUACAUCAUAUUAUCAUGAUUGCGCGACAAACACAGGCUAGUUCCCUUCAAUCAAAAAUACUAUCACAGGUUGUUGGAAAUAUGGUUGACGGAAGCCAAAAACCAAGACGUCCCUAGUCAUAGCUGGUUGUUUGGGUCGCCUUAUUAUGAAGAUGAAUUAAAUUAAAUUUUUCAUUAUUUUUAAAAAGAAUUUUAAUCGAAAAGAAAAAUUGGUUUCAGAUAAAGCACAAGCAUCAAACUUUAAAGAUACCUUUGCUCAAUCUGUGCUAACACAUGUUAAUAGCGCGAAGACAUCAGGAGAGUCAAAACUAGAGUGUUUUGGAAAAGAUGUGCUGUGAAAAGAAAACCGCACUAAUUUGACGAAUAGAAUUAAAUACGUUUUAUCACUCAUAAA